AUGCCUCCACUCACCAGAACCGACAUCAACUGGCGUGAUUCGAAUGGCAUGACCCUACUUCACCACGCCGCCUCCUCAACAUCCGAGAAUGCCCUUGAAUUCGCCCAAGCACUUGUCGAGCAUCCCUUGAUCGACUUGUAUCUUCAGGAUGCUGAGAACUCGUGGACGGCUUUACAUCGCGCCUUUUACUUCGGAAAUAUCACCAUCGCUCGCGCAAUUCUGGAGAGGGACACCUCGGAUGCUCUUGGUAGAGGAAUAGGAGGAGGAUUGGUCAAGAUCAAGGAUCGCGAAGGCCUCGGUCCGUUGGAUUUGUAUGCUGCGACAAUCAAGGACCGCACUCUGCGACCAGAAGGACAACGACGACCAAGAGCCGGUUCUGAUGCUAGUGAAGAGGAAAUGCCAAUGGACGACGAACAGGAGGUCAGGACAAAAGUUAUUGAGUUUGCGACAAACAUCUCUGGUGAUGAGGUCUACACCUUCGGAAGCAACAAGAACAUCACUCUAGGCUUUGGAGAUGAGGAUGACCGACAAUACCCGGAGCGCAUCACACUGAAACGUCCGGAUCACUUGCUGCAGCGAUUCUACCGCGAGUACGUCCGAGAGUAUGAGAAGACGUGGACCACAUUCGAUCCUGUCAUCACACAGACAGGCCGUUCUGCUCUGCCACGCUCACUUCCCGUCGAAUCCAUGCCUUGGGCUGUCAAGAACCGCCCUUUGAUCAUUCAAGAUGUCUUCAUGUCUAAAUUGUCAACAGCAGUCUUGACUACCGACCCAGAGUCAAACCUGUACAUGUGUGGUCAUGGACCUGGAGGCCGUCUGGGUGUCGGAGACGAACAAUCACGUUUCAGGUUUGUCUGCAUCGAGGGAGGUGCUCUGUCGCGCAAGAAGAUUGCCACUGUCGCUCUCGGUCAGAACCAUACACUGGCUGUUGAUGACCGUGGUGAAGUCUUUUCCUGGGGUAGCAAUGGUUACGGCCAGCUUGGAUACACACUACCAAAGACCGGAAUCAUGGAUGAGGAUCCUGUUAGUUGCGUACCAGCACAGAUCUUCGGCCCUCUCAAGCGUGAAAUUGUCAUCGGUGUCGCUGCUUCUCGCAUUCACUCGGUCGCAUACACUUCCACAUCUCUCUACACCUUUGGCAAGAAUGAAGGUCAGCUUGGCAUUGUCGAUUCUGAUGCUCGUUCUCUAGAGUAUCAAGUCACUCCUCGAAAGAUUGCCGCUUCUCGUUUUGCUGCUCCAAUCGUCUCAGUCGCUGCCAUCGACCGCGCUACUGUCUGUCUUCUGGAAAAUCAUGAUGUCUGGGUCUUUGCAAACUAUGGUUAUGCGAAGAUCCAGUUCCCUCUCGAUGGCUCAAGCAGUUUCCUGAAGGACAGCUUUCGUGUUACUCGAUACGAUGAUACCAUCAACCAUAUCAGCAAAAUUGCUGCAGGCGGUGACACCAUUUGUGCCAUGUCCAGCAGUGGUGAGGUCUAUACACUUUCUGUCAGUCAACGCCAGGACCAGGCCAAUGCUUCCACGACCAAUCCCACAAAGAUCAGAGGGGCACUUUCUGCGCCACAAGAAAUUUGGUCUUUGAAGAAGAACAACAUGGCGGCCCGUGAUGUUGGUGUAGAUGCUGAUGGCUCCAUUAUCCUGACCACCGAGGAAGGAAGUGUCUGGAAACGAUCAAGAAGAACAAAGAUCAAGGACGGAAAAUCUCUGGACGCUGUGCAGUACAAGCCCAAAGAUUACAAGUUCUCUCGUAUCGCUGGUCUUUCUCGCGUCACAGCAGUCAGAUCUUCAGCAUAUGGCGCCUACGCUGCUGUCCGCAGAGAUUGUGAUGUUACCAAGACUCAGACAUUGAUUGAGGAUCAGACCAUUUGGAAAGAUUCGUUCCCUCUUCUCUGUUUCCACGAUCUUACUAUCCAUGAGGAUGUCGCUGAUAGCGAGAGUGAGGAGCCGCAGCCUCGUUUCUGGCAAGGUCGCAAGAAGCCUGACGAGGUACAGCUGCUUCGUAAGCAUUUGCUCGAGUCAAAGGAUAUUGAAAAGGAUCUCGAAGAGCACUUGCGCCAAGCGGCGGAUGGCAACUUCAGCGAGUUUGAUGCCAUCAUCGCAUCCAAUGUGUCUGAGCUACGCUUCCCUGCUCACCAAUUCAUUCUCGCAGGACGAAGCAGAGUGCUUCGGGCAGGCUUCCAGGCGUUUAGAGAGGGCGGUGACUUCAGUGUCCCUGAGCUCCUCAUCUGCGAGCGCGACUCUACUGGUCGACCUGUCUUGAUCUUCCAAGGACUAGAUGCUCUCACACUGGUAGAUCUCCUUCUUUACUGCUAUACUGAUACCAUCGUCGACUUCUGGCACCAUACUCGACGUUCACCUAUGGCCUUUCGAUACCGUCAAGUUCGUACUGAGUUGAUGAAGGUUGCUGCCAAACUUGAACUUCUCAAGCUGGAGCCCGCAGUUCGGCAGAUGAUCGAGCCUGAGCGAUGCUUGCACAUGGACCUCGAGAUUGCCGCCAGGGAUCAAAACUACUUUGCCAAUGGCGAUAUCCGUGUUCAGCUGAGCGAUGGUGAAAUCCUGAUUCAUGGUGCCAUGGUCUGCCAAAGAUGUCCCUUCUUCGAAGGUAUGUUCAUGGGACGCGCUGGUGGUCGUUGGCUCGAAGAAAGACGUGGUCUCUUGCAAAAUGCCUCUGAUGCUAUCGAUGUUGACCUUCAACACAUUGAGACCAAUAUCUUCCAAAUGGUUCUCCGCCACAUCUAUGCAGAUACUGGUGAGGAGCUGUUCGACGAUAUCGUCAGUGCUGAUCUUGACGAGUUCCUCGAUGUCGUCAUGGAAGUCAUGGCUGUUGCGAACGAACUCAUGCUGGAUCGUCUGUCACAAGUCUGUCAGAGAGUUGUCGGUCAAUAUGUCACAACUCGUAACGUUUGUGGUCUGCUCAAUGCUAUUGCGCCUAGCUCUGUCACGGAAUUCAAGGAUGCAAGUCUUGAGUAUCUGUGUCUGAGUUUGGAAGCGAUGCUGCAAGGUGGACUGCUGGAUGAGCUUGACGAAGAUCUACUUUUGGAGCUGGACGACAUUGUCCGUGCCAACCAGCUUGCUUUGAUGCCAUUCGCUAAGAGUGGUCGCGCUGAGGCUUUGCUCCUCGAGCGACACCCAGAACUCGCUGCUUUGAUUGAUCGCGAUCGCCGCAUCAAGCUUGACUCGAUCAUGCUACAUGCCAAGCACCAAGAUCUUGAUGGGUGGGGUCCCAAUUCUUUCAGAGGUGGCAGCUUGGAUGACAGUGCACAUGCAAAACAAAAGGCACGAAGGAAGUCCAAGGACGCUCAGUCGUCUGCUGUUGACUCCACUCUAAGAGUCAAAUCCGCUGUGCCGUCAUUGGGCACAAGUAUCGAAGAGAGCUCACCACUGGAUCUACAAAAUCUACGACCAAGUGGUGCAGAGUCCGAAUUCGAGAGGACUUUACGUAGAGAUACAGCUGUUGGUACUCCUACUGAUUCCUGGCUCGAUCCUCGAGGAAAGCCAACCACACCCCAUGCUGGUACACCAAAGCAAGGCGGCCUAGUCACAGGCAUGACACCCGCAACUCCUGCGAGCUCUUCAAGUGUACCCUGGGCAGCAACUCCUUCGCCAGGCGCCAAGCUGGAGAUGAAGGAUAUCAUGGCGCAAGCAUCUUCAAGUCGUGUGUCCAACCUUUCAUUGGGCAUUGCGGCUAGCAGAGAGAAGGCUUUUGAAGAUGCUUCGGCAGCAAGAUCUGCUGCAAAGAUGUCACAGAAAGAGCGCAAGAGAAUGCAGCAGGCACAGCAAUCAGCAGUCACCGAAAUUGAAGAGAAGAUCGCAGCAAAGGUGGCCUCGCCAUGGCAGGUCGUUUCUGGCCAGAAGAUACCUUCGUUGAAGGACGUCAUUGGCGAGAAGCCACCUUCGCCUGGUCCGUCCAACAGACCUCAGCCUGCAACUCGUACAAGUACCACUCCUCAAUUGACCAUGCGGCAGACGAUUGCCAAUCCCAAGCCUUCGCCUAAACCGCCUGCCGCUGCUGUUGCUGCUUCUCCCAAGAACUUGGGCCCAGGUUCACCCGUCACAUCUGGCUAUCCAUCUCCCAGACUUGGUCCACAGCGCACACCUUCUACUCAGACAGGAGCCAAGUCUCCAGCUCCAGCAUCACCACGUAUCCUACCACAAGCAGGCCCGGCCCGACCUACACCCACACCCCGUCAAUCUCAGCCACAACCUCAACGCAAACCCUCGGCGCAAACCGCAGCGUCGACUCUCGCCCCUCCGCCUCCUCCAGACCUCUCCUCCCAAUCUUUCCCUUCCAUCCAAUCCAUUGUGCACUCUCCCCGCACUGCAGAACCUGCUCUCCAGCUUUCUCUACAAGAAAUCCUCGAACAGCAGCAAUACGAAAAAGAUAUUAUCAAAGAAGCCGCAGCGGCAAGAAGUCUGCAGGAAAUCCAAGCCGAGCAGGAAUUCCAGGAGUGGUGGGACAACGAGGCAAGACGAAUGAAAGAGGAUGAAGAGUUUGCGAGACUGAUUGCUGAGGGUAAAGACCCUCAAGCUGGGGCAAAGAAGAAGGGUGGGAGAAGUGGAAGAGGUGGAAAGCAAGGAGCAAAGGAUGCAAAGGAACAUGAUAAGAAGAAAGAUGGCAAUAUUUCUGCUUCUGCUACACCGCAAGGGCAACCGCCUAAGAACAGAGGAGGUAGAGGUAGAGGAGGUGGUAGAGGUGGUGCUGCUGUUGCUGCUCCUGCUCAUGCUGGAGGGAGUAAAGCUUAG